AUGCCGCGUUUAACGAACGAAGAGCGCAAUCAGGCAGUUGGUAUGCUGAGGGCCAAUACACCAGUAGCGAAUGUUGCAAGGACCUUCAAUGUGACAAGAGACACGAUAUAUCGACUAAUGAAUCGUUUGCAGAAGUCUGGAUCCGUGCAGGAUGGUCCCCGGACGGGUCGUCCUAGAGCUACAACACCAGCCCUUGACCAGUACAUUCGGGUCUUGCACCUACGAGAUCGCUUCCGGCCUGCUACCAAGACAGCCAGGGAGUGGAAGGGACGGAGACUGUGCGCCGACGCCUUAGACCUCAGCCGGUCACCUUGGAACAGCUACGUACAGCACUUACAAACAUUAUUAUGGAACAACAUUCCACAGCUCCCCAUACAAAGGCUUGUGCAAAGCAUGCGGCAGAGCUGCACAGAAGUCGCCAAUGCCUAG